AUCCGUUCUUCAUUGCUCGACUAACUUUCCAGCGUCGUCCUCGCCAAACCACCGCCACAAUGACCAAGAUCAACCCCUCCGUCGCUUCUUCUCGCCGCAAGAGCCGUGCUGCUCACUUCAAGGCUCCCUCUGACCAGCGCCGUGUUAUCAUGAGCGCUCCCCUCUCCAAGGAGCUCCGUGAGCAGUACAACGUCCGCUCUAUCCCCAUCCGAAAGGACGACGAGGUCACCAUUGUCCGUGGUUCCAACAAGGGCCGUGAGGGCAAGAUCACCUCCGUGUACCGUCUCAAGUACGUUGUCCAUGUCGAGCGUGUCACCCGCGACAAGGCCAACGGCCAGUCCGUUCCCCUGGGCAUCCACCCCUCCAACUGUGUCAUCACCAAGCUCAAGCUUGACAAGGACCGUGAGGACAUUCUGCGCCGCUCCAAGGUUGGCCGUGAGCUCGCUGCCAACAACAAGGUCACCGCUUAAGCGGAUGAUUUUGUCGAGCAACACCAACAAAAAACCAACAUUUGGAACUUUCAAGACGACAUGAUCAAACCUUCCCUCCCAGGCGAGGACAAAUCUUUUCUUUUUUCACCACUCACAAUCACGGCACCAAUGUGAGCAACAUCAAGGGCAAAAGUUGAUGAGGAAAUGGGCAUAAUACUCCGGCGUUUUACGAUACCUGCGUGCUUUCCUUCGGACGGCGCGGUACCCGGUCUACAGCAGGGUAGAUGAAUUGAGAAUUUUUAGGGUUCUCAAUGGCCAUUUCACUCACUGGUGAAAUGCUCCAUGGGAGGUUUAUCCCGAAGUCUUGACCUGCUCUCUCCCCACAUGCACAUUCGCGAGUCCCCUCGUGAUGUUCUGUUGGACAGAUGCUCCGUCCCAUCUGUCCUCUC